AACCGAUGGGAAAUGUAGUCCAGGGCAGAGACGCGGGCAACCCAGCCACGAUACGAGCCAAAGCAUUCUUCGCUCCAAGCCUGGUCCUGGCUGUUAGUUUGGAACUCACACACGCAGAUGCUAACUCGCCCUCAGAAUGCAGAGAGGAUGAAACACUGACCGGACACUUCAAUCUGUAUAUGGGAGAUAAACUGGAGGGGAAGACGAACGGCAGGAGGGUGAAGAGGAAGCUGAAUGACCGUGCAAACACCCCCAACUCAAAUCCGAGUGGUUACCGCAGAGUGAAUAACGAUAGGUACGAUUUCGUGGAAGGCAACGUCCUUUGAAAGGGCUCCCAGAGCUUCCAGGCCCCCUCCCCUGAUGAACGAGUGAGUCAGGCAGGCCCAGAUCCACUUCACGGAUGGCAAAACUGAGGUACGAGGCGGCGAGAUGACUGGCCCGAGGCCUCGCUGAAAGAUCGGAGGCGGAGCGGAGAACCAGAAGCACCGCUUCUCUCAGGCUGAUGCUCCAAUCUGGGCUCCCCCCGCCCCUGCGAUGGCGUAGACGGCCUCCGCCCCCCGACUCACACACACACCCUCCCCCGGGAACGGCAAGUCUCCUCGGGUUCCAAGGACCGGAUCAAAAGACAAGAGGCCCCAGGCGCUCCCGCGGUGAUUUGCGCAGAGCGUUGGGAGCGUGCGUGCCUCCAGUCCAACAUGGCGGCGGCAGCGGCCGCCCACCCACCCCAAGCCUCCUUAAGGGCCGGAGGCUUCUCCUCAGGGUCCUCGGGUAGGUGGGAAGACAGAGCAGCCCCGCCAGGCCUUUCUUGUCGCUGCCGCUGCUCACUGAAGGAGUCACCUACCCCACAAGACUAACGGCUGCGGCUGCGGCGCGGAGGCCCCACAGCCCGCGGAGAACCGGGAAUACGAGAGCCAGGCGGCACCGCGGCCGGAGCUGUACUGAGCAAGAAAGAGGAUUUCAAAGUAAUGUAUUGUUAUGAGAUCCGUGCUUUUAUCUUGUCUCAGACUCCCAAUGAUAGGCACAUAUCUCCUCUGUACAUUUAAUGAAACUACUAAAAUGUUUCGAUUUAAAUCUUCCACCUAUUUGUUUUCUGUGUAUCCUACCUGUUCACGACCUUGACAUUUUCAAACAAUACAGGUUACUUAUUUUGUUUUUGGUGAUGGUGAGUUUUGGGGGGUUUUGUUUUUUGGUUUUAGUUUUGGAGACAGGGCUUUGCUCUAUCGCCCAGGCUGGAAUACAAUGGCGCGAUGAUAGCUCACUGCAGCCUCGAACUCCUGAGCUCAAGGGACCCUCUUGCUUCAGCCUCCUGAGUAGCUGAGACUACAGGCCUGCGCCAUCACGCCUGGCUAAUUUUUUAUUUUUUGUAGUUGGGGUGUUGCUAUGUUGUCCAGUGUGGUCUCAAACUCUUGGGCUCAAGAGAUCCUCCCACUUCUGCUGCCCCAAGUGCUAGGAGUACAGGCACGAGCCACAGCGCCUGGAUAGUUAUUUUGUAGAGUGUUCUUUAAUUUGGAUGUACCUCAUCUUUUAUACAUCUUUGGAAGGAAUACCACAUAAUUAAUGCGGUUUAUCCCAUCAAGAGACAUUCAGUGUCAAUGUGUUCCAUUCUUGGUGAUGUUAACUUUUAUUACUUAGUGAAAAUCUAAGAGUUUUCACCACUUUAGAGUGAAUAAAUGAAUAUGUGAGAUUCAUCAAUGAAUAAGUAAAAAGAAGCCAGCUGGCGAAAGAACUGAGUUGGGAGGAUGGCUUAAGCCUGGGAGGUCGAGGUUGCAGUGAGCUGUGAUGGCACCACUGCACUCCAGCCUGGGUGACACUGCAAGACCCUGUCUCAAAAAAAAAAUUAAAUAAGUAAAUAAAUACCCAGCACCUGA